GUUGCUUCUCAUAAGCAAAACAUUCCUGCUUGGGCUUACCAGGGUACUGUUUUCCUGUUUUGUCUAAUUUUGUGUCCUGUUUUCAUUCUUUGGUUUUGGUCAUGCUAAUUUAACAACUGAAUGGGCCUCAUGUCCCCUCCACCGCCUUCAUGAUAGUCUUUAAGGGCCAGCUCUUACCUUGUGGAAAAGUGAGCGGCUGUGAAGGAAUCCAUCUAGGCUCAGCGCCCCGAACAUCAGCUACGGUGGCUAACUUGGGCAUUGAAAGUUUAGCAUUGGACGAACUAGGGACUGGACAGUUUAGUCAGAUUUUGUUCAAGAACUAUCCUCCGUCUAUAAGUCGUUAUCAGUUAAUAACUAUAGAUAGUUCAUUUUUUAAAAAUUUGGGCCUUAUAGGAACUUCAGCGUUGGGACAGUUUUUAGUGUAUUCUUUCUCUGACAGUGUCUCCUCAGUGAGAUGAAACCAGAGAUAGAUGCGGCAGCGGAAUUCCUGUCACGGAUUUUCCUUGCACAUGACAAUAUUACCAAAGAAAAGGUGGGAGAGUUCAAGCAACAUCUGUCGACCCUAUUGGAGGAAAGAUUUAGGAAUCAUUGGCAUGAAACUUGCCCAACCAAAGGCCAAGCAUAUCGUUGUAUCCGUGUUUGCCCUGAGGAACCCCUUGAUCCAAUUUUAGAAAAGGUUUGCUUUGAAGUGGGAAUAAAUCCAGGAGACUUUAACCUUCCAUUUGAGCUAACAUUAUGGGUGGACCCUACAGAAGUGGUUUGCAAAUUUGGAGAUCUUAAGUGCUCUUACCAUACAGUUGCAAAGAAGGACCAUUCAUCUGGGAAUCUGGACAAUCAAGCACAGAAUUUGGACAUUGAUGAUCUUGUGGAAAAUGCUCGAGACUUGUACCUCAAGAAGCAGACGGUGAUAAACCACCCGGUGCACUCGACUGAAAUGCAUAUCACCAAUCCUUACUCAGAUGGCACUUCCAAUGGUAUUAGCACGGCUAUUAGGAUCAAUGGAACGAUGCAUUAUGCAUCAGGAUCUCCUCCCCCAGGGUAUGAUGGUUCACCUCGUGGCAAAGGCAAGCCAGCACACUCAAUUCAUCACAAACGUGGAGGCGGUUUCCAUUACUAUGGGAAAAGUUCUGGUGGGAAAGGCACCUACAUUUCGAAUGGCACGAUAAAUUCCGCUGGCUCUCAUGUUACAUCAGCGCACCAUAUCUACCCGCACCAUCGCAACCAUAACCACCAUCACCCUCAUAAUCACCAUCACCAUGGCAGCAGCGGGCAGAAUGCCACGGCGCCCUACAGCAAUGGUUACCUGAAUGGUUAUGGAGAUGAAAAUGGCUAUGGUUAUGACCAGCGCUCAGUUUCACCAACCAAGAUGAUGAAUAUUGGUACACUGCCAGCAAUAAGCAGCGCAGGUGGCCCCGGGCAGAUAUCUCAGAGCUCCCCAACUCCUGAGCAGAUACAGCAGCAGAUGCAACACCCGCCCCCAAUGCCUCCUCCACCACCAAUCCCACCCCACCUCCACCAAGCCUUCAGCCAUGCCCCUACUGAUACCACUACCCUGCCCCCUCCUCCACCACAGCAACCACCCCCAUCCUCCUCUGCAACCACAAUAGAUACAACUUCCAGUAACAGCAACAUCAACAGCAAUGGUGCCGGUAGCGGGAAACCAAGCAGCAAUGGCAGCAACUCAAAGUUCCAGAGCACUCGAGGUAUAGUUAGCUCGAGAAACAAACAGUCCAGUCCUGUGAAGGUCACGAAGUGAAAUCUCACUGACUUGGUGAGCGUAGCUUCCUCUUUCACGUCAUCCUUUCCACUCCCAAUAUCCUGUAUAUAACUGUUUUUAAGGCUGUAGGUGCUAUUUCCUUUGGACUAGAGAUUGGCAGAUUUGUGCAGACUGACAUGGUGAAGGCUUAUUCAAAGAUAAUAGAGCAUACAGCCAUCUUUUCUUUUACUUGUUCAAAUUAUUAUUAGAAAUUACUGCCUACUAAGUGGAUGAAUGUUCGCCUUACAUUGCUUUCUCAACAGAAUUGUAAAAUUCCUUUAUUGACCCUCUUGGUGUUAAAUGAAAAUGCAUAAAGAGAUUGCCCUUGUUAAAAUGAUAUAAAUUGUGAAAUGACAAAGUAAAAUGAGUUUUUGUCUUUUUCUUUAAGCUCAAUUUCCAAAAAUUCAGUUUACUUUUAGCAACGCUUUUGUUGCUUUUUAAUUCUAAGUUCUCUUACAUACUUUUAAUUUUUUUUUUGUAGUUUGGGAUUUUAUUUUUGGUUUUAAAGUGGAUUUUAAAGUCUUUAGUA